GGGGCCUAAAAAUAACGUGUCCACUACGAUCUCAAUCUGGCCUUCACUCAAUUCGUCCUCCCUCGGCCUCGACUCUCGCCUCGCUCACGGACGAACUCACGAACAGAAACCGAUUCAUGAUUCACGAAUCGAAAUCGCAAUAGGACUUUGACUCAAUCGGCCCUCGGUCUCGAUCUCUGCCUCUCUCGAGUCUCGACUAUCGACCGGCUCUCGGCCUCUCGCUCUCGCAUCUCGUGACUUGUGAGGUUUGAGCUUUCUUGAUGGAAACCUAGCUUAUCUUGGAUGUGAUUCCAAAUUCUGGGACUUGGUAGCUUUCUGUUGCUGAUCAAAGUCUUCUUCAGUUGCUUAGCUUGUUCUUCUAUCCUCAAUUGUUACUGAUUUUCAUCGAUGAAGAUACUUAAAGAGAAUGGCGGCCUACUUACAAAUUUUGAAGUGCUCGAUUUUCUACGUUCUAGAGGGGCUGCAAAAGACCCGACACGGGUGCUUGCUCCUUUAGCUCCUUCAGAAUUCAAAGUUUACGAUUUCUUGGAGCAGAGUGCUGCAUGCAGUCAAACAAGAGAGAGCAUUGCGGAGUUUGUGACGAAAUGUAAACCAUACAAGCUUACGAAAUCUGAGAUUGUCAGUAUCGUCAACGUUAGACCGUCUUCCGCGGUGGAAAUUGACCCGUUGAUAGAGGAUCUUGAUUCGAGAUUAGGAGAAAGUGCAGAAGAAUUGGUAGAGUUAGUUUUACAAGUGUUUCCUCCUCCUCCAGAUCAAAGUAAAUCUGAUGAAUGAAAGCAAGGAGAUAAAAGGCAUCUAUUUAAGAGAUCUUGUUAUGUGAUUUUUUUGUUGUUUUGAAUAUGGGAAAUAGCCUGAUCAAGUUUGUGGUUUAGUUGUGCACUUUGUGAAGUUGCUUUUUGCAGGAUAUGUUAUGUAUGGCAUUAUUUUAA